AUGUUCCAGCUUGCAUCUACUGAAGUUUUAGAAUUUGUUAAAAAUGACUUAAGUGAAAUUUCUACUGUUGUAAAAUCUGAGGCAACCUCCGUCAUUAACUCCACGACUAAUGUUCUUAAAGACACAUUUAAGUUAGAAGAAGCUGACAGCACUGCUAAUACAAUUAAGAGAAAUGUAUCUUCAUUUUUUGGAUCUGUAAGCAAUGCUUUAAAUCCUUUGCCAGAAGACGAUGAUCAGGAAGUGAUGGCUAUAAAAAAUGACAUUCCAGUUAAAUUAUCUCCCAUUCAGGUAAAAAUACACAAAUUGAUUAAAAAUCCUGAUACAUUUUUAUUGGAAAUCGAAGAGUCACUAUUACCCCAAUAUAAUUCUUGGUUAGGAAUACUAGAUGAUCAAAUAGAAACGGAAAAAUUAACCAAGCAACUUGUUGCUAGUCCAGCUCUUCAUCAGCAAUAUGAAUCUCUGGUUCCGGAAAAAAUUAGUCACUUAACAUUUUGGAAAAGAUAUUUAUUUAGAAAAGCACUUUUGGAAGAUGAAGAAUCGAGAAAAGAAAUUAAGAAAAAAAAAGAAAAAGAGCAAAUUGACAAAGUCGAGUGGGACAAAGGUAAAAUCUCUGACAAUAUUGAAAACAAUGAUUGA